AUGGAUAUUCCGUCAGAAGGCGAGAGUGUCAGUCUCAAUCACGCUAGAGAACAAACUCUCGAGGCCGAUUCGUGGAGCGACAAUGAUUCUGCACUCGGUGAUGACACUCAAAGCAUAACCACAUCAUUAAGCGAGUCGAUAUACAGCUAUCGCCACGAGUACGGUCGCACAUAUCAUGCUUAUAAGGACGGACAGUACUAUUUUCCGAACGACGAGCGCGAACAAGACCGAUUGGACCUGCAGCAUCACAUGUGCAAUUUGACGUAUAGAAGACUACACUUAGCACCUCUGCAUAGACCUAAGCAUGCUCUAGACAUCGGAACUGGAACCGGCAUCUGGGCUAUGGACUUCGCGGACCAAUAUCCCAAAUGCGAGGUGAUCGGCAUCGACCUUAGCCCUGGGCAGCCUACCUUCGUGCCACCGAAUCUAAAAUACAUCAUCGAUGACGCGGAGGAGCUCUGGGUGUACGACCACAGAUUCGACUACAUCCAUUGUAGACUCAUGGCUGGAUGCUUCGCGGAUCCCGAGAAGCUCAUACAGCAGGCAUUUGACAAUCUAGAGCCUGGUGGCUACCUCGAGUUCCAGGACUAUGGACUACCUUGCAGAAGUGUCGACGACACAUUAGACGGCACAUCCCUAGAGAAAUGGGGAAUACUGAUGUGUGAAGCUGCUCGCAAACUCGGCCGUCCGAUGGGUACAGAAGUGUCAGAAAAGUAUCGAGAAUGGAUGGAAGCCGCUGGAUUUGUUGAUAUAGAAGAGCAACAUUUCAUGUGGCCUUCAAAUACAUGGCCGAAAGACAAGUACAUGAAGGAGCUCGGCAACUGGAAUAUGAUCAACAUUCUGGAGGGCCUCGAGGGAUUCUGUCUGGCACUGAUGACCCGAGGACUCGGCUGGAAGAAGGAGGAGGUUGAUGUAUUCGUCGCCAAGGUGUCAUCCGAUGUCAAAAACAGAGGCAUUCACGCCUAUUACCCGAUGCCGGUCGUCUGGGGAAGAAAACCUCUGACGGCAAAUUGA